AUGGCGACGCCGUUAACGGGGUUGCAGCACAUGGACGGAGGCGGAGGAGUGGCGGUGCUGUCCAAUUCCGUGAACAAGGUCGAUUCUUCUUCGUCUUCUUCGGCCAAUGGUUGCUUAAAGAGCUUGGAGCCGAGGUCUCCGAUUCUGAUUUUCUUGUUCUUUCACAAAGCAAUUCGUAAAGAGCUCGAUGCGCUUCACAGAUUGGCCAUGGCCUUCGCCAUCGGAAAGCGAACCGAUAUUAGGCCGUUGCUCGAGCGCUACCAUUUCUUAAGAUCGAUUUACAAGCACCACUCCAAUGCUGAAGACGAGGUAAUCUUUCCAGCUCUUGAUAUACGUGUGAAGAAUGUAGCACAAACAUACUCCCUCGAACAUAAGGGCGAAACCAAUCUUUUUGAUCAUUUAUUUGAGCUGCUAAAUUCUAAUGCAAAAGAUGAUGAAAGUUUCCCGAGGGAGUUAGCAUCUUGUACAGGAGCCCUACAAACAUCGGUCAGCCAGCACAUGGCUAAGGAGGAGGAACAGGUCUUUCCCUUGCUCAUUGAGAAGUUCUCAGUUGAAGAGCAGGCAUCGCUGGUCUGGCAGUUUCUGUGCAGCAUUCCUGUCAAUAUGAUGGCCGAGUUUCUUCCAUGGCUUUCAUCGUCUGUUUCACCUGACGAACAUCUGGAUUUGCGAAAAUGCUUAAGCAAGAUAGUUCCAGAGGAAAAGCUUCUUCAACAAGUAAUUUUCACCUGGAUGGAAGGUAGAAGAAGUGCUGACUUGUUUGAAAGUUCUCUAGAUUCCCCUCAGUUCCAAUGUUGUGUGGAUUCUGGUGCUAGCACAUCAAGUCAACAUAUGGAGAAGGUAAAUUGUGCAUGCGAGUGCAGGACUGGGAAGAGGAAGUAUUUAGAGUCAAGUACGGAUGUUUCUGAUACCAGUGCGGGGCAUCCAAUAAAUGAAAUACUGCUUUGGCAUAAUGCCAUUAAAAGGGAAUUAAAUGAGAUAGCUGAGGAGGCUAGGAAGAUACAACUGUCUGGAGAUUUUACUAAUCUAUCAGCUUUCAAUGAGAGGUUGCAAUUUAUUGCUGAAGUUUGCAUCUUUCACAGUAUUGCCGAGGACAAAGUCAUAUUUCCUGCAGUCGAUGGAAAAAUUUCCUUUUUCCAAGAGCACGCUGAAGAAGAAAGUCAAUUCAAUGAAUUCAGGUGCUUGAUUGAAACUAUUCAAAGUGCAGGAGCAAUCUCUACUUCAGCUGAUUUUUAUGCAAAGUUAUGUUCACAUGCUGAUCAAAUAAUGGAAACUAUCCAGAGGCACUUUAGCAAUGAAGAAGUUCAGGUUCUUCCGCUUGCUCGAAAGCACUUCAGCUUCAAAAGACAGCGCGAACUUUUGUAUCAAAGUUUGUGCAUGAUGCCCUUAAGACUUAUUGAGCGUGUUUUGCCAUGGCUAGUCGGGUCGUUGACGGAAGAUGAAAUGAAGAAUUUUCUCAAAAACAUGCAGUUAGCAGCUCCAGUGCCUGAUUCUGCUUUGGUAACACUCUUUUCUGGAUGGGCAUGCAAGGCUCGUAAUCAGGGUUCAUGCUUGUCUUUAAGUGCAAUUGGUUGCUGUCCUGUUAAAAGUUUCACUGAUAUUGAAGACGAUUUUGUUCGUUCAGCAUGUGCGUGUGCUUCUGCAUUGUCUGCUAGAGACAGCUUGAUAUCAGCUCAAGCAAAUAAUGUGAAGAGGCUGGUCAAACGAAAUGUUUCAAUGUCAUGCAAACACAGUGAUGCCUCUGAACCUUCAGAGACUGUAAAUGCCCAGAAACCAUGUUGUAGUGAUCAGUCCUGCUGUGUCCCAGGUUUAGGAGUAAACAGCAAUAAUCUUGGGUCAAGCUCUCUUUUUGGGGCCAAGUCUUUGCGAUCCUUGUCUUUCAGCUCCAGUGCCCCAUCUCUCAAUUCCAGUCUUUUUGUCUGGGAAACAGAUAGUUCCUCUUCUGAUUUUGGCUGUGGAGAACGACCUAUUGAUACUAUUUUCAAAUUUCAUAAAGCCAUACGCAAAGAUUUGGAGUAUUUGGAUAUUGAAUCUGGGAAGCUUAGUUAUUGUGAUGAAACCACCCUCCGGCAGUUUAUAGGAAGGUUUCGCUUGCUGUGGGGCUUAUACAGAGCACAUAGUAAUGCAGAGGAUGAUAUAGUGUUUCCUGCGCUGGAAUCCAAAGAGGCGCUGCAUAAUGUGAGUCACUCAUACACACUGGACCAUAAACAGGAGGAAAAUUUAUUUAAAGAUAUCUCACAUGUUCUUUCCGAACUUUCUCACCUUCAUGAAAGCUUGCAAAAGGCUCACAUGGAUGAGGAUUUAGCUGGAAGUAGCAUUAACUUUCUUGAUGCUAAUGAUAUCAACUAUACUAGAAAGUAUAAUGAGCUAGCUACAAAGCUUCAAGGGAUGUGCAAAUCUAUAAAAGUUACACUAGAUCAGCAUAUUUUCAGGGAAGAACUUGAGCUGUGGCCGUUAUUUGGCAGACACUUCACUGUCGAGGAGCAAGACAAAAUAGUGGGCCGCAUUAUUGGGACCACUGGUGCUGAGGUGCUCCAAUCAAUGUUACCAUGGGUGACUUCUGCACUUACUCAGGAUGAACAGAACAAAAUGAUGGAUACGUGGAAGCAAGCAACUAAAAAUACAAUGUUCAGUGAGUGGCUCAAUGAAUGUUGGAAAGGAACUUCAGAGUUAACUUCACGAACUGAAACAUGGGAAAGCAGCAUUCCUCAAAAAGGUGUUGAAUUUCAAGAAAGCUUGGACCAGACUGAUCAGAUGUUCAAACCUGGUUGGAAGGAUAUUUUCCGUAUGAAUCAAAAUGAACUUGAGUCAGAGAUCAGAAAGGUUUAUCGUGAUGCGACUCUUGAUCCAAGGAGAAAGGCAUAUCUUGUGCAGAAUCUUAUGACUAGCCGCUGGAUUGCUACUCAGCAGAAGUUACCUCAAGAAAUAGCAGGAGAAUCUUCUACUGGUGAAGACGCAAUUGGACGCUCACCAUCAUAUCGAGAUGCAGAGAAAAAAGAAUUUGGGUGUGAACAUUACAAAAGAAACUGCAAACUCCGAGCUGCUUGCUGUGGCAAGUUAUUUGCAUGUAGAUUUUGCCAUGAUAAUGUGAGCGAUCAUUCAAUGGAUAGGAAAGCAACAUCAGAAAUGAUGUGCAUGCGCUGCCUGAACGUUCAGCCGGUUGGGCCAAUAUGCACUACACCUUCAUGCAAUGAACUAUCCAUGGCAAAGUAUUACUGCAAUAUAUGCAAAUUUUUUGAUGAUGAAAGGACUGUAUAUCAUUGCCCGUUUUGCAAUUUAUGCCGCCUUGGAAAGGGUCUUGGCAUUGACUUCUUUCAUUGCAUGACAUGCAAUUGUUGCCUGGGGAUAAAGUUAGUGAACCACAAGUGCCUGGAGAAAAGUUUAGAAACAAAUUGCCCCAUUUGCUGUGAUUUUUUAUUCACAUCAAGCGCAACAGUUAGAGCUCUGCCCUGUGGCCAUUACAUGCAUUCUGCUUGCUUUCAGGCGUACACAUGCAGUCACUAUACUUGUCCAAUUUGCAGCAAAUCUUUGGGAGAUAUGGCGGUUUACUUUGGCAUGCUUGAUGCAUUAUUGGCUGCCGAGCAGCUUCCAGAGGAAUACAGGAACCGUUGUCAGGACAUCCUUUGUAACGACUGUGAUCGAAAGGGUUCCUCACGGUUUCACUGGCUAUAUCACAAGUGUGGAAACUGUGGAUCUUACAAUACCCGGGUGAUCAAGGGCGAGACAACAAAUACCGACUGCCCUGCAUCACACUAACAACAGGUUUUAUUCGUCGACAAAGAGAUGUAUACUUAUUAGUUUGUAGAUACUUGUAUAGGCAAUUCAAUUUUCCCAACAACCAGAAAACUGGUUUCGUUACCUCCACUGAGCAAUUUUGUAGAAGCCCAGUAAAUAUCAUAUCAUCUUACCUUGGUUUCAAGAUUCGUUUUCGAGAAUAUUUACACAGGUCAGUAACAGAGCGCAUUGAGAUGCCUUCUGUACAGAAAUUUGCUUC